CGCGAAGGAGGACGAACGGGAUCGAAUUCGCGCUUGCUAACAGCGGGGUUUGCCGGCAGCGACCGCACCGUAGUCGACGGUCGACGUCGACAUCGACAGUCGGAGCCGGCCGCUCGUCGAGCGAGCGUCGUGACGUUGGCGUUUCUCUCGUGCUCCCUGAACUACGCCGACUGUCAAUCCGUCAUCACGCGCGUCAUCAUUCGCCUCGCUUCGUCCGUUUCGCGAGCACCGAGACAACGCGUUCGCGAUUGUGCCGAGAUUAGUGCGGGGCUCGUAAGGCGAGUGUGUGUCAAGUGUGUGCUUAACAAUACGGAGGCGGAGAUGGGACUGCGUCGUCGACUUCAUUGAGACGUCAUACAGCGGCGGACUUCAUUCAGUGACGUUGAUGUAGACGGCCACUGGUUUGGAAAUCUUGGAGAUUUCUCUCUUCCUCGCGCGCGCUUUCCUGCGCAUAUUUCCAACGUACGUGGGAGUACAUUCGAAGUUUUCGCCGAUAAUCCGACUUAGCAUCUGCCGCUUAACAAGGCGAGUAUAAUUAUCGGAGAUGCGAAGAAGACCGUUUCCUCGGUAGAUAUCCGCCUCGUUCCGGAUAGCCUGUACGAUUCUCAAGGACGGAUUAAAUUGAGAUUUUACUGAAAUGCGCUCAUCGUAUCUAAAAACAAGAUCGAAUUAAUUGAUCAGCGAGAGUCAGCAUCGAGGCUCCUAUCUUAUUCAGGAAUCAAAACUCUCUAAUUGGAACGAGCCACCAGCAGCGAAUGAUAUAAAAUGCGGUGAUGAAAACAUUCAACCUGGAAAUAUACAUAUCGCAUCGAUACAUAUGUGGAUUAUUAUUGAAAAGACUGUAAUCAUAUCCAGUCUGCGAAUGCUAUAAUCCGUAUUAAUAUACAAAUUUUUACGACGUUCUGUGUUGGAAGCAAACGACGAAAAUAAAUGUGACACAUAUCGAAUCAGAAAACGUAUCAGAUUAUAAAAGUCGGCGAAUGCCUGCAACGUUAUAUAUCUCAAACUACUACAAAAUUAAAUGCGUAUAAUUUAUCGAUAUAUUUUAUCACAUCUCUCGCGUGAAAUACAUGGUUACGAUAUCGAGGCAUCAACUUUAGAUAAUAAUUUUAUCGAAACGGACGAUGUGACGCAUAUACGCUCACAGAUGGUUACGGGAGAUAUUACACGUCAGUGAGAAUUUAUCCGAACUUAUAGUAUAAAAUAUUGUUCGCCGAGGAGAAGAGGACGUAUCCGCGAAGAUUUCUAGCGCGAUUACUCGUGAAAGGGAAGCGCCGUUUCCCACAUCGAUCUUCUCCCUCCACUCAGACGUUUAAUUAGCGUCCUCGAUCGCGUAGAAAGGAGAAACUGAUCUGGACCUUUCGGCGUCAUUCGGCGAGUCGGUCGGUGGAAGAAGAUUGCGGAGAGGACGAGAGGAUGAUGCUGCUGAGGUAACACGACAUUUCGAGGCCGCACGAGAAGCACGAUAAUCGCAGGGCGCAGGACGAGGGUGUCGGUAAUCGCAGCGGGCGCACAAAGGGAGGAUCGAGGAGCAGCGGCGAUAGGAGAUGGGCUUUCCCAGGAGAAGGUCGUUGUGGCUGAAGGUGGCGGUGUUGGCGACCGCCGUGUGGGUGACCGUCUGUUUCCUGCUCUACACCGAGGAUCGGGCGGCCGCCGUUCAGGGGUUGGCGCCGUCGGGCGUCGCGAUGCCGCCGCAGCAAGCGGCGAACGGCUUUGUGCCGCCCGCGGCGCCCUUCAGAAAAGAGACGCCCGGCAACGUGCUCAGCAACAGGGCGAAGAUCAAGGAUCAGGCCGGACCGGAGCAAGGUGAUGGAGUACUGGCUGUGCCACGAGAUCCGGACGCCCUUGCACCUGGCGAGAUGGGCAGGCCCGUGAUACUACCGACCAACAUGUCCGUGCAGACCAAAAAGCUGGUGGACGAUGGCUGGCUCAAUAAUGCAUUUAAUCAAUAUGCCAGCGAUCUCAUCUCCGUGCACAGAUCCUUGCCAGAUCCACGUGACCAGUGGUGCAAGGAACCUGGUAGAUACCUGAAGGAUCUUCCGCCUACGGCGGUAAUUAUUUGCUUUCAUAACGAGGCUUGGUCCGUGUUAUUACGUACGGUACAUUCCGUUCUGGAUAGAUCGCCAGAGCAUCUCAUACAAGAGAUCAUUCUCGUCGAUGAUUUCUCCGACAUGCCUCACCUCAAACGUCAAUUGGAAGACUAUAUGAUGAAUUAUCCGAAGGUGAGGAUUAUCAGGGCGAGUAAACGAGAGGGCCUCAUAAGGGCACGUUUGCUGGGCGCCGCGGCGGCCAAGGCGCCGGUGCUCACGUAUUUAGAUAGCCAUUGCGAGUGCACCGAGGGUUGGUUGGAACCUCUUCUGGAUCGGAUCGCACGCGAUCCGACAACGGUAGUUUGUCCGGUGAUCGAUGUUAUAGACGACACCACCCUGGAAUACCACUGGCGCGACUCGGGCGGCGUAAAUGUCGGCGGAUUCGAUUGGAAUCUUCAGUUUAAUUGGCACGCGGUGCCGGAGAGAGAGAAAAAAAGACACAAAAACCCGGCCGAACCCGUUUGGUCGCCAACGAUGGCUGGUGGCCUCUUUUCGAUAGAUCGAGCCUUCUUCGAACGGAUCGGCACGUACGACAGUGGCUUCGACAUCUGGGGCGGCGAAAAUCUUGAAUUAUCGUUUAAAACCUGGAUGUGUGGAGGCACCCUGGAAAUCGUGCCAUGCUCGCACGUGGGUCACAUCUUCAGAAAACGUUCGCCCUACAAGUGGCGCAGCGGCGUGAACGUGCUCAAGAGGAACAGCAUAAGGCUGAGCGAAGUGUGGCUGGACGAGUACGCCAAGUACUACUAUCAGAGGAUAGGUCACGACAAGGGAAAUUACGGUGACGUAUCGGAGCGAAAGACUCUUAGGAAGAAAUUGGGAUGCAAGUCAUUCAAGUGGUACCUGGACAAUAUUUAUCCAGAGCUCUUCAUUCCAGGCGAGGCAGUCGCCUCAGGAGAGGUCCGGAAUCUCGGCGAGGGCGGGAACACCUGUCUGGAUUCGCCCGCUCGCAAGGCCGACUUGCACAAGCCAUGCGGACUGUACCCUUGCCAUCGACAGGGUGGAAAUCAGUACUGGAUGCUCAGCAAGACGGGUGAAAUCCGUCGAGAUGAAUCGUGCCUGGACUACAGCGGUAGCGACGUAAUUCUCUAUCCUUGCCACGGCAGUAAAGGGAAUCAACAGUGGAUCUACAGUCCUCAGACUAAUCACAUCAGGCAUGGCAGCAGCGACAAGUGUCUGGCGAUCACGGAGAGCAAACAGCAACUGGUGAUGGAAGAAUGCUCACCCAAUGCACCGAGACAGAGAUGGUCCUUCGAGAAUUACGACCCGUCGAAGCUGUGAUACCACGCCUUCUCGCGCCGUCAUUCGCACAACAAUCUCGGUCAGAUCGCCGGAUCUUGGCUGCCAGGGAAACGAUAUUCGAUCGCCAAGACUCGCUUCGGCAGAUAAAUAUCUCGCAAUUCCGAAAUAUCAAGAAUUUUCCUACAAAACCAUUCCAGAAGGAUCGAGGCAAGCUCCACGCGAUUACUUUAUGCUCGUCGAGAAACAAUUGGGCGAAAUGAUUCGUCUGUCAUUUCAUCGGCGAGAUCAAACGUGUGGGGAACGAAGCGGAAGAGGAUCGCGCAACGAAAUAUUUGCGAGGACGAUAUACUUAGAAAAUUUUUUACUCAAGAAAUUGCAUUUAAUUAGAAUAACUUCUGAGAGCCACGUGAUGUUUUACUUGAGUUCUAGUUGCCCUAAGUAUUGCGAAAAAUUGGCUCAGAUAGGAUCACGAACGAACGUGAUGGUAUCGACCUUCGAAUAGCUCUCGAUCGUCACUUUCGUUCGCUGAUCGUUCGCGCUUCCACGAGUAUCAAGGAAGCGAGGUGCCAUCGCAGGAACGUAUCGAUAUAUUCUUGCGAAUCGUCGAUUGUCCGUCGAGAUGACGAGUUAAGAGAUUAUAUGUGAACACAUUUUUUUUCUCUUUAUGUUAUAAUCAGAAUCCAGAUCUCGGUGCCGUUUUCUUCACGCCAGUCUAAUGUAGCAAAGAGGGCAUCGCACACAUAAUAUAUGAUUAUAU